AUCUUGUGUUUCUAUGAAUCAGCACAGCCCCCUUCGCUGAUGAUGUCUUUUUUAACUCAUGCAUCCCAGCUAUGGCUGGCGAUUCUAGGAAUGCUAUGAACCAGGAUAUGGAGAUUGGGGUCAGGGACCCGAAGAAGAUCCCCAAACAGGCCCGCGAUUACAUCCCCAUUGCCACCGACCGUACUCGCCUGCUAGCAGAAGGCAAGAAGCCCCGCCAGCGCUACAUGGAAAAGAGUGGCAAGUGCAACGUCCACCAUGGCAACGUCCAAGAAACCUACCGAUACCUGAGCGAUCUCUUCACCACCCUUGUGGACCUCAAAUGGCGCUUCAACCUGCUUGUCUUCACCAUGGUCUAUACCAUCACUUGGCUGUUCUUCGGUUUCAUUUGGUGGCUGAUCGCUUACAUCCGGGGUGAUCUGGACCAUGUUGGUGACCAAGAGUGGAUUCCUUGUGUUGAAAACCUCAGUGGCUUUGUGUCUGCCUUCCUGUUCUCCAUUGAGACAGAGACCACCAUCGGGUAUGGCUUUCGGGUGAUCACAGAGAAGUGUCCAGAGGGGAUCAUACUUCUCUUGGUCCAGGCCAUCCUCGGCUCCAUCGUCAAUGCCUUCAUGGUGGGGUGCAUGUUUGUCAAGAUCAGUCAGCCAAAGAAGAGAGCAGAGACCCUCAUGUUUUCCAACAAUGCAGUCAUCUCCAUGAGGGAUGAGAAACUCUGCCUCAUGUUCCGGGUGGGUGACCUUCGUAACUCCCACAUUGUGGAGGCCUCCAUUCGUGCCAAGCUCAUCAAGUCCCGGCAGACCAAAGAAGGAGAGUUCAUCCCCCUGAACCAGACGGACAUCAACGUGGGCUUCGACACUGGUGAUGACCGUCUCUUCCUGGUGUCUCCACUCAUCAUCUCCCAUGAGAUCAACGAGAAGAGCCCUUUCUGGGAGAUGUCCCGGGCCCAGCUGGAUCAGGAGGAGUUUGAAGUCGUGGUCAUUCUAGAAGGGAUGGUGGAGGCAACAGGCAUGACUUGCCAAGCACGGAGCUCCUACAUGGAUACCGAGGUGCUCUGGGGCCACCGAUUCACACCAGUCCUCACGUUGGAAAAGGGUUUCUAUGAGGUGGACUACAACACCUUCCAUGACACGUACGAGACCAACACGCCCAGCUGCUGUGCCAAGGAGCUGGCAGAAAUGCAGCGGGAAGGCCGGCUCCUCCAGUACCUCCCGAGCCCGCCCCUGCCGGGGGGCUGUGCUGAUACAAAGGCCGAGCAGGAGGGAGAGGAUGAGCCUGAGGGGCUGAGUGAGUCCCGGGAGAACAGGGGCUCCGUGUGA